AGACGAUCGCGAGCGCUGCGUCGGCUGAUCUCAGUUUGCAAGACGGGCGUUAUCAAUCCCAGCAUCCUUCAGUCCUUCCUCCUGCCAGUCAUCAGCUUCAUCCUCAACAACCCCAAACUGGUCAAGGUUGACUUUCUGCAACAUGAGGCAAUACAAGCCAUUGGUGCUAUGGCCGGCUGCCUCCCAUGGAAAUCAUUCCUCAGCCUCCUCCUAUACUACUUAAACAGGCUGACUCAAAGACUGGAGGGACAAAAGACCAACAUCAAGUUGAUUGUCGCUGUCCUGGAUGCCUUCCACUUCGACUUGUCCGUCCUGGAUGCAAAAUCAGAAAACUCUCCGCAAGAAAACGAAGACAUCUUACAAGAGGAGGAGGAAGAAAAACCUGAAGAGGAAGAACCAGAGGAAGAAGUAGAGGAGACUAUGGAAGAGGAAGAGAUGGAAGAGGAAGAAGAGGAUGAUGCAGUUGCUAUAGAAACCGGGGAGGACAAACAGAAGGCAGAAGCAGAGAUGAUAUUCCAGACUCUGACCGACGUGGUCCUGCCCAAACUGCACAGGGGGCUCACUCAGAAGGUGAAGAGCGAGGAGGCCCAUAAGAAGGCCCGUCUCCAUGCCGACAGCGAAGAGGAGCUUCUGCGUGUUCCCGUUGCCCUGGCAACGGUCAAGCUGCUGCAGAAACUUCCGGGAAAGGUUCUGCGGAACAACCUGCAGGGAGUGCUGUUGAAGGUGUGCAGCCUGCUGAAGAGUCGUUCGGAAGACAUCCGUGAGACGAGUCGCUCCACGCUGGUGAAGAUCCUGACGUCUCUCGGGCCGGCCUUCUUCCCACAGAUUCUGCGGGACCUGCGACACUGCCUCACUAAGGGCUACCAGGUGCAUGUGCUGACGUACACCACACAUGCACUGCUGAAAAGUAUGGAGGACAGGCUAGAACCAGGUGGCCUGGACCGGUGCAUUGACUCACUGGUGGAGGUGUUGAAUGAGGAGUUGUUUGGAAAGCUUGCAGAGGAGAAAGAGGUGGAAGGAAUCACCUCCAAACUGAAGGAAGCAAAGAGCAGCAAGAGCUCGGACUCCUACGAGACGCUGGCCAAGUUUGUCAGCAAGACGUCUCUGGCCAGGCUGGUGCUGCCACUCAAGGAGGUUCUUGAGUCAACCCAGAGUCUUAAGACAUCUCGUAAGGUGCAGGACGUUCUGUCUAAGAUCGUGAGCGGUUUGAUGAGGAACCCUGCACUCAGCCCUGAUGUCCUCCUCAUUUUCUCCCACGGGCUGGUCACAGAGAGUCUUCCUCUCAUCACAGGUCAAGUCAAGGCUAAGCUGUCGGCCGCCCCACCCCCAGACCCCCGACUGCGUCCGGAGAGCUGCCUUAUCCUGCCCCCCACCCCCCACAGGCCGGGCUCCAAAACCCACGUCAGCACCAAAACCAACAAGCACGUCCUGGUGGAGUUUGGGCUUCAGCUCCUACACCACUGCAUGAAGCGAGGCCACCUAUCGGCCGGUGAGGUACUGCACCUGCAGAUGCUGGACCCAUUUGUUGGCCAGCUGUACGACUGCCUCAAGUCCAAACACGUCAAGAUCAUCACCAUGGCGAUGAGAUGCCUUACCUGGUUCCUGAGGUUCCCCCUCCCGUCGCUCAAACAGAAGGUCGCAAAGGUCGCGGGCGAGAUGUUCCUCAUCCUGAAGAAAUAUGGCGGCGCGGGAGGGUCAAAGGGCGAGAACUUUGACCUCGUGGUCACAUGUUUCAAGGCCCUGACAGUGCUGGUUAAAGAUGUGAAGUACCAUAGUAUUGACCAGGACCAACUCAGGGUCUUACUACAGUAUGCGGAGCAGGAUAUUAUGGACUACACCCGACAGGCGACUGCCUUCUCACUGCUAAAGGCGAUCCUGUCACGUAAGCUUGUAGUCCCGGAGAUGCAUGACGUGAUGGGCCGCAUCGCCGAGCUGUCAAUCAAGUCUGAGCUGGACAACGUCAGGGUGCAGUGCAGACAGGUGUUUGGUAAGUUCCUGAUUGACUACCCGCUGGGGAAGAAGCUGCACCGUCACCUGGAGUUCUACGUGCGCCAGCUGAGCUACGCCGUGGAGGCCGGCCGGGAGUCCGCGCUCGAGAUGAUCGCUACCGUCUUCUCAUCCUUCCCUCAGACCCUUUUGGAGGAGUAUGCAGCCUUCUUCUUCGUCCCGUUGGCCAGCCGUCUCAUCAAUGACGACUCGGCAAAAUGUCGCAAGCUCACCGCCCUGGCCGUCAAGUCCCUGCUGGGCAAAGUGGGAAUCCCCACCAGGGACAGCCUCUUCACCAUCACCGCUCAGUGGCUUCAGGACGAUGGCAAGAUCCUGCACCAGAGACUUGCAGCCCAACUCUGCAGCCUGUUUGUGGAGGUGGAGAAACUGCAGUUCGAGCGCAGACUGCCAGGGGUCCUCCCUCAGAUGUUGGAGGUCGUUGACCCCGACCGGUACGAGUCAAUGCCUGCUGAGGAGAUGAGCCAACAGCUGAGACAGGAGGACCACCUGCUGUACAGCGCCCUCUCCUGUCUGGUCAAGGUACUGCAGGAGUGCGCCAUUGUCGUCAGAGGGGUGGAGCACAGGAGGGACCUUAACGCAGUCUGGGAAUCCGUGCAGAGGCACCUCCUCCAUCCCCAUGCCUGGGUGCGCCUGGCCUCCGCUCAGCUCUUCGGAUGCCUCUUCGCUGCCUGGCAACCAGAGGAGCUCGUUACCAUGGAAACAGAUGAUGAGACAACGCCAAAGAAGAAGAAGAAGAAGACAGUGGAGGAAGAUAACGUAGUGGAAUAUCUGAGGGACAACACCAUGCAAAAGCUCCGAGACCUGUCAGCUGACUUCUGUACCCAGCUGCAGUCGUCUUACCUCGACCACGACCUUGCCAACCAGGUCAUCAAGAACCUCGUCUUCCUGGCCAAGGUCAUCCGGCAGGUCACCCCAGGCACCGCGCAAACCGAUGACGUCACUGCACAAACUGAUGACGUCACUGACCAAAGUGGUGACAUCACCGCACAAACUGAUGAUGUAGAUGAGCCACCAGCAAAAUCGAACGGUAGAAAAAGAACUAAAGCUGCAACAGGAGGAAAGAAAUACGAUAGAACAGGAAAUGCUGCCGGGAACACGGGUUUCGAUGAUGUCAGAGCAACAGGAAGCGAUGAAAGCACGACAGUUGAUGACAGGAGAGUGACAGUUUCGCUGAUGUGGCUGUUGAGAAGGAUGAACCGACUUGCCAAGUUUGAAGCAGCUACAGCACCAAAAGAGACCAUCAAGCGAUCCUCCGUCAUCAAGUUUCUGGCGGCCGUUGCAAUGGAUCUUGGGACAGUCGGGAUUGGUCCGUACCUGACCUUUUUGAUGACCCCUGUGCUCCGAGAGGUCAACAAUGCAACACCUCAGGCAGAUCCAGAACUGAAGAAACUUUCCCAAGACGUCUUGGAGCUGCUGAAGACGCAGGCAGGUGUGCAGCUGUUCUCCCAGGUGUACUCGCAGGUGCAACAAACAGGUGCGGCCAGGAAGGAGGCCAGGAAGAGGAGGCAAGCUGUGGAGGCAGUGGCAGAUCCCAAGGCUCAUGCCAAGAAGAGGAUUGCCAAGAACCUGGCCAAGCAGCGAGCCAAGAAACGGAAGAUGGAAGAAAAGAGGCCGACAAAGAAGAAGAAGAUUCGCCUGGCAGACCUAGCCAUUCUGCAAUAGGCUUUCUUCAAAUGAUGUU